CAGUGCUGUUGGUCCGUGUGGGAGCGCAGGGCGCACGGUGCGGCGCUGCCUCUCCGCAGCGUCAAACAGCCUUUCCUUCACGUCGGGCAGGCGACAGAAACGACAGGUCGACCCACCGCCGGCACCACAUCCACGCUUUCACCCGAACAGCUGACUGGAGCGAGUGAAGCGAAGAGGGGACUGUCUGAGCGGGGCUGAUGCAGACUGGUGAGCCUACAGGGCCACUGACAUUAUUCCCUCCUUCUCCCACCGAAAGCUAGAAGUGCGUAGCGGUUUAUCUGCGGUGUCCGUACUGUAGAUUAUUGAGCAGCACUGAGAGACUACAUGAGCUAAUGAGAUUGAUAAACUAACGAUAGUUAUCUGCGGAUGAGAGCAUAGUGAGGGGAAAAAAAGGGGAAAAAAGCGAUCAUGCUGCUGUUCAUGUUUGGCUGAAUGAUCGUGGAGAUGAAACAUGAUGAUGAUCAUCCUCAGCUGAGUUUCGUCCUGUGAACUGCACCAUCAAACCAUCUGCUGAAGCCUUCUCUAGACUCGAGUUUAAAGAUGGUGAGUCACGCCCUCUCUCUCUCGGAUCGUCUCAGUGAAUAGCCGGGCCGCACAAAGGGGAAAAGAACUAAGCUCAGCCGCUAAAAAAAACCCUCUUCCUUCUGCACAGCGUGGGAGAAAGUGCCACUGCUGAGCUGGUGUGGCAUCUCUGCAGGCUGGAGUGAAAGCAGUGUUGAGCGAUCAUCUUUCACUCUGAGCCACUCACCUUUCAUGCUGUGGCCCCAGAGCCGACUCUCAGGGCUGGACUGUCAGCGGGAACGCAGAGAGACUCAGGAUCAGGCAGGGCUGCACAGUGCACAGGUGUGAAGCAUCUUCCUCAUGAGACCGAUGAGGCAUACAUGAGGGAAAAGUCAUGCUAUUGUUUGGAUGACCUUCAUACAGGAUUAAGUACACUUUGACAGACUUUUUUUUCCCGUUUGAGUUCGGGCCCAGUGGGGCUCUGUGGUGGGAACAGGGAGAGCCGGUGUUGAUUCUUCUGCUUUAUGAGUUUUAAUCACCAGGAGAGUGUGUCUGAGUGGCAGGGGGAGCCAGCAUGGCCAAGCCUCUGCUGAAGAUACAGCGUUAUUUCCGCAGGAAACCUGUCCGAUUCUUUUCCCUCAUCCUCCUCUAUCUGACCGCCGGGAGCCUCGUCCUCUUGCACUCUGGCUAUGUCGGGGACAGCAGCGCCGGAGCCAGAGGGGGCCGGGACUCUGUGGUAGCUUCGGAGAUGGGCAGGCGGACUUCGCUGUCAGACGCUCGGGGGCUUGGCAUCAUGAGCAGAGUGUUUAAGGAGACGCGCAGAUCUGGACGGAGGUACGGCCCUCCAUGGAUGAAAAAGGCCAGACAGGAGGGCCAAGAGAUGCGCAGGGGGGGAGACUACACCAAUAACUGGAACCGUGCACUUAAAGGACGCAAUGCCAAAGACAUAGACGAUGGAAGAGCAAAGUAUAUCGGCUGCUACAUUGAUGACACACAGAAAAGAGCGCUGAGAGGAGUUUCCUUUUUUGACUACAAAAAAAUGACUGUAUUCCGUUGCCAGGACAACUGUGCAGAGAGAGGUUACAUGUAUGCAGGUCUGGAGUUCGGAGCUGAGUGCUACUGUGGCCACAAGAUCCAGGCGCCCAAUGCUUCAGAGAGUGAAUGCAAUAUGGAGUGUAAAGGAGAGAAGAGCAACCUGUGCGGAGGAGCCAACCGACUGUCCAUCUAUAGGCUGGAGCUGAGCCAGGAGUCAGCGCGCCGCUACGGCAGCGCCAUUUUCAAAGGCUGUUUCCACAGGCCAGACAAUGUCACCCUGGCACUUCCUUUCAGCGCAGUCAUCCAAAACAUGUCUGUGGACAAAUGUGUGGACAUGUGCACGGAGAGGGAGAAAUCACUGGCCGUCCUGGCUGGAGAUCGAUGUUACUGCGGCUUCCCGACUCCUCUCUUCUCCCUUCACGAGCUGGAGAACGAGGACAUGUGUCUCAACCGCUGCCACGGGGAGGAGUUUGAGAGCUGCGGGAACGACAAGUACUUUGUGGUGUACCAGACGCAGGUUCAAGAUAAUCGCUGCAUGGACCGGCACUUCCUCCCUACUCGUGCUAAGCAGCUAAUUGCCCUCGCCAGUUUCCCUGGAGCCGGCAACACCUGGGCUCGCCACCUCAUAGAGCUCGCCACCGGCUUCUACACCGGCAGCUAUUACUUUGAUGGCUCCCUUUACAAUAAAGGAUUUAAAGGGGAGCGGGACCACUGGCGGAGUGGGAGGACGAUCUGCAUUAAGACACAUGAGAGCGGCAGGAAGGAGAUCGAAGCCUUUGACUCUAGCAUCAUCAUGAUCCGAAACCCCUACAAAGCCCUCAUGGCAGAAUUUAACAGAAAAUAUGGCGGCCACAUUGGAUUUGCCUCCCAGGCCCACUGGAGAGGGAAAGAGUGGCCCGAGUUUGUGAGGAACUAUGCCCCUUGGUGGGCGUCCCACACGUUGGACUGGCUGAAUUAUGGGAAGAAUGUCCAUGUGGUCCACUUUGAGGAUCUGAAGAGGGACCUGUUCUCCAAGCUCAAGGGGAUGGUGCAGUUUCUGGGUUUAAAGGUUUCUGAGGACCGCCUGCUCUGCGUUGAAGGCCAGAAGGAUGGAAACUUCAAGCGAUCGGGGCUGCGAAAGCUUGAAUAUGACCCCUAUACCCCUGAAAUGCGAGCUAACAUCAAUGAACUAAUCAGAACGGUAAACGCUGCCUUGAAGAAAAGGAAGAUGUCUGGAGUUCCAGAUGAAUAUAUGCCAAGAUGAUAAAUGUGAUCUUCUCAUUUCCCCUUUUUUCUUCCUUUAAUUGAACGGUUCUAUCAACAGACAUUUUUUGUAGGAUUACAUGACUGGAAUAGUUUUUUCAAUUAUUUUUCUGUGAAGUCACAUAGGUUGAAGCUGUAGUCAGAAGAAAUUCUCUUAACUCUCCUAUUUUCACUUUUUAUUCAUCCUUUUUAAUUUUCUGUUGAAAUUCAGCAGCUUCAUGAAUUAAUAGAAGAUGCAGUUUUAACUGGGGAGGUUUGUUUUUCUCUUUGUCUGAAUGAAAAGCACUUCUUAUCCUUGCUAUGCACAUGUGCUGUGUAGGCAUGUGCACAUGCCUUAACAUUAAGAAGGUACAAUAGCUGUGACUACAGAGAGGCUCAUCUGACUGUGCUUGGUGAUCUGUUGCCAGUGACAACAACGUUUGACCUAAAAAAUAUUAUACAAUACUGCAAAGUGUGUUUUAUGACUUUAUUUUGUGCAUAAGAGAAAUAACAAUUAUGAAAAAUCAAAACAUCAAAAUGUAUGAAUCUUCUGCUGCUAUCAAAGUUACAGAACAAUACUAUUUUAUACAUACUGAAAACGUUAAAACGUUUAGCCCUUUGUCGGAGGGAAAAAUGCAAUAUGCAGGAUAUAACUACCUGAUGACGAUACUGUGUGUUUCCAAGUUUUUGCAAGUUACUCAACUUACUGUAUGUAAGAGAAAUCAUGUUUUCAAUGAUGAACAGGUAAAGAACUCUCAGCUCCUCGUAUUCAAGAAGAUGAACAAUCCCUCUUGAAGGCACUGACUCAAGGAGAGAAGAGGAUUUAUCUCGACACCGUUUAUUUAUCUCCGUGUGCAGUGCACAUGUUGACUAAUUUGGAUGUGAAUAUGUUUUCCUAACACUGGACUCAAUGCAGAAAUCCAAAAAGCACUACACUGUGCAACACUUGCCCCAAAGAUCACUGAGGAAUUAGGCAUUACACGUGUUAUAGAUUGGAGGUUACCUUUAGCAGUAGUCAUCGUUAUAGAUUUAUUUUAAGACAGUUAAUCAUACUGAAUGUGAAAACAGUUUUUUUUAUUUUUAUUGCUUUCUUGUAAGAAGAGCUAUGAAACAGUUAAAGCUGUUGGUCAUUUUACUCUUCAUAAUUUAAAAAAUCUCCACUAAAGUGUGAAAAAUCCUGCUCAGACUUUAUAAGCAGCACGUCUUAUAACGGUACUCAAUGUGCUAUGCCAUAUGCUUAAAAAUAAACAAAUAUAUGAAUAAAUAAAUACAUGAAUAUAUAAAUAAAUAAAACACUGGUGACUGAGAGCCAGAAAACAUGAACUGACUUCCAUUUUCAGUAUGAUAUAAAUAUAUUUUUAUAGUGUGUGCUCACACAUCUACGAUAUUUGUAUUGCAACAAGCAAACGGGAGAAGUUGUUUCUAUUUUUAACACAUGCUUUAAACUUUAUUGGCUCUUGCUUUCAUUGACAAGCCGGCACUUUCUGAACAUGGUGUCACAUUUGAAUGUAUUUUCUAUGGAAUGAAUGUAAUGUGAUAAGGCCCAAUAAAUGACUACAUAAAAUGA